AUGACCUCAACCGUUGAGAAAACACCCACAGAGGUGACAUCGGCAGCCGUGACGGCAUCGCCCGGUCAGGCAGUGCAUCCGGAGAUUGCUGCCGCAGCGCAACCCGUCGAGGCAGUCACCGAGAAACCUCAACCCACUGUCGCCAGCCAAGCCGCGCCCAAUGACGCUGCGCCUGCUGCUACCAGUACAGAACAGACUCCCUCCUCCGCGGCCUCACCCGAAACACAGCCUGUGGCAACUGGUGGAGCGACAGUACAGGAUACGGAACAGACAGCUUCGUUCCCUCAGCGCUUGAAGGAUGAGGAUAGGCAUUGGGCGUGGAAAGUUGCCUUCAGGGCUCUGCAAUGCAUUGUAUGCCUGGUCGGCAUAGGCUGUUGUGCGUGGAUCAUUGCAGCCACCAUCCGCCUCAAAGGCGAUAGUUACUUUGGCGUAAAUUUCAGCACCGACCAAUACAUGGCAAACAUUGCCAUUUCGUUGUUUGUCUUCUCCAUCCUGUGGGGAAUAAUCGACCUCUUGGUUCGACUCUGCCGCAAACCACCUCGGCCAAUCCACCCGGCUGUCACGCUGAGCAUCGAUCUCUGCUUCUGGCUCACCUUCAUAAUCCCGAUCCUCGCCUCUGUUAUUGCCUACGCUGAGAUAGACUAUCUCGGCAGCCAAUUGGUGAUAAGAGAUCCCACCAGCGACAGUCGCAAUAGCUACCGGGGCGAGUACCGCCUGAACCAGACGACUGACACGUGGAUCUACAACAUUACAUAUAUCGAAAGAGCCGAUCGGGAGUACAACUACACGUCGAGGACGUGGUACUACCCCAAGACAGACCCCUCCACCAUCAUCCGUGACUGCUCCAGCUAUUACAGCUCGUGCGCCGAGCAGGACGAGAUGGUCAAUGCUCUGUGGAAACAGAAGCCGACGCGCAUCGCUGUCCUCUUCACCGUCAUUGCCAUGCUCGCUCUUGUCACUUUGUGCCAUUUCCAGCUCUUCGUGUGGGCCUGCGUGGACACGCACAAGUGGCGCAUGAACAAGAAGCAGGCGGAGCUCACAAAGUCGAUUGAGGGGAUGCUGGCUACCGGACAACUGGUACUCUCCCCCGUGCCCGGCAAUGGCCAGCUCGUGUUGCGGCCAUCAGCGGCAUAUUUGCCCACUCAGGUCUACCUACCUGCUCAGGCAUUUCCUCCAGCAAUGCAGCAAGCUCCGCCUGCUACAGCGCAGCAAUGGCAGGGGCAUAUGGUCCCGCCGCCGCAAAAACACGACGCCUCCACCAACGCAGCGUUCUUUGCGGAUGCAAUCCUGCCGAUCCACUUGGUGAAGAAUUGCCCCCUAUCCGAGUGGAUAUCCUGUGUGUCUACGGGCUUGAUCUGGUCGACUGCCUCCCUCGACGGUUCAGGCGACAAUAGCGACGGGUCUUGUAUGGUGAGUCCUGGGCUCCUUUUGGUACCCGAUAGGCUUUGCCCUGGCCAGGUUGUGGGUGCCGACAGGAUCGUGUGGGCAAAAAGGGCAAACAAUAUUUGGAAGAUGAGGAGCUUCAUAGUUGAUAAUACGAGUCAUAAAACGACUGUAUACACUCUUAAAUCUCUACAAGUUAUUGAACCCUCCAGUCUAGCCGAGGUGUAA